AUGGCUGCUCUGUUAGUCCACAUACAAGCUGCUUUUCGAGAAGGAGAGCUCUACACCAAGUUGCUAGAAGACUAUGAGCCCCUCGAGAGGCCUGUAGCGAAUAGCUCGGAGCCCGUAAAUGUGAAAAUGGGUCUAGUCCUGCAACAGAUUGUCUCCGUUGACGAGAAGAACCAAGUAGUGGAUGUGAAUGCGUGGCUGAAGAUGUCGUGGUAUGAUUACUCACUGACAUGGGAUCCAAAAAAGUUUGAUGGUGUGGCUGAUCUGAGGUUCAAGAAAAGUCAAAUUUGGACCCCUGACGUUUUGUUAUACAACAGUGCUGAUCCUCAGUUUGACAGCUCAUACCAAUCAAAUGUGCUUGUCUAUCCAGAUGGAAGCGUCAACUGGAUACCACCAGGGAUUUUUCGGAUAUCUUGCCGGAUUGCUGUAGCUUGGUUCCCUUUCGAUCUUCAGGAAUGCUUCAUGAAGUUCGGCUCGUGGACUUUUGAUGGUUCAAAAUUGAACUUGGACAUAGAUGACAAUGGUUUCGAUCUUUCCAGCUAUACGCCGAACGGAGAAUGGGAACUUCUACGCACGCACGCAGUCAGAAACAUUCAGCAUUACGCAUGCUGCCCAGAACCAUACUAUGACAUUGUUUUCACUUUUGUCAUUCGGCGAAGGGUGCUCUACUACGCUUUCAAUCUUAUUCUGCCAUGCAUCCUCAUUACCGUACUUACUCUUACUGGUUUCACACUACCUCCAGAUGCCGGCGAAAAGAUGUCCCUACGAGCAUUUUUCGCUGUCUGCAUGUUUACCUGUGCUUGCUGUGUGGUUGGGACCACCCUAGCUCUCAACUUUCACAACAGAAGUUCAUAUUCUCAUGAGAUGAACGACAUGUUCCGCCAAAUAAUGCUAAAUUGGCUGCCGUGGAUAUUGAUGAUGCAUCGACCUGGCUAUGCUGCAGCAGGAGGAGAAUUGCAAAAAGUAGAUGAUGAUGACGAUGACGAUGACAAGAAACCUACUGUUUGUUUCGAUUCGUUGAUCUCGAAGGUGGCCGCGCAAACUCCGCCCAAAUUGACCAUCGUUGACGAGUGCGAGCCACUCAGUGUGGACGACAAGCGGAAAAUAUGGCGUAACAAUUCAAAACGUCUAGAGGAACGUCCUGCCCAUCAAACUAAACAGGCAACACACGAACAGAUUACGCAGUUGGUCAUACUCAAUGAGAUCUAUGAGACUUUAUCGGCAAUAACCGAAGAAAUCAGAGAAGUCGAAAGAAAUAAAGAUGUUGAAGAUGAUUGGAAAUUUGCCGCCAUGGUCGUAGAUCGUCUGUGCCUUUUCAUCUUCUCAUUUUUCAUUCUAUUCUCAAUCUUCGGUUGUUUUUCAUCGGUGCCCAAUCUUGGCUUUAGUAUAUGA